GUUGAGGCGAUCUCAUGAUUUAGUUGCAGACAUUAUUAAUGGAUUCCGGUGUUAAAUCACACCUGGUAGUGUGACCUCGAUCAAGACUUUUUUGCUUCCCUUCCUUUCUUUGCCACUCCACCCACUACCCUUCUUCCCUAUUGCACGCUGACUCACCCGCCAUUAACGCCCCCUUCAACGUCCCUCCCUCUCUGUUCGCCACCCAAUUCUCCAGCCAACACGCCCCACAUUGUCUUCAAACACCCCUUUCAUCCUCUUCUUCUCUAACUCCACCCAUCUUCACACCAUUUCCCCCUCAUGGGACACUUCUCGCGGAUUCACUCCUACGAUGGGUUUUGUGCCGCUAUCAGAAAUGGGUCCGCCUCAACUUCUUCAUUGGUGCUCGAUUCCGAUAGAGGCGAGCUCGUGGAGGCUCCAUUCAACCUUGACACUAAAGGGGUUUCGGCUGAGAGAAGCGCCGCCGCCCUGAAGAAUCACAGCGACGCUGAGAGGAGGCGUAGAGCCAGAAUCAAUGCCCAUCUUGGGAGUCUUAGAAGUCUUGUCCCCGGUGGCAAGAAGAUGGACAAAGCUACACUUCUUGCUGAAGUUAUUAGCCAUUUGAAAGUUCUAAAACGAGCUGCUGCAGAAGUAAGUGAUGUUCAUAUCAUACCAAAAGAAAUAGACGAAAUAACAGUUGAACAACAGGAGGAUGGAUUAGAAGGAGUACCAUAUUCAAUCAGAGCCUCGCUAUGUUGUGAUUACAAGCCUGGCCUCCUGCCUGAUUUAAGACAAGCACUACAUGCUCUUGACCUGAUCAUAAAGAGGGCAGAGAUUGCUACCUUAAAUGGAAGGAUGAAGAACGUGUUCGUGUUAACUAGCUGCAAAGGAGGCGACAUCGAAACUACUGAAUUACGACGGUUCCUCGAAACGUCGGUACACCAAGCCAUCAAAUCUGUUCUAAACAAGUUCUCUGAUCCACAGGAGUUCUCAUUCAUGACGUUUCCGAAUAAGAGACGGCGAAUUACCAUGUUCAAUUCAUCGAGUUCGUCGUCCAUUGGUGAUUUCUGCUUCUCGAGAUGAGAUCCCACGUUGAUUGGAGAGGAAAAU